AAGUCGCCAUUACAUAUCGCGAUUACGAUUAUUUAUUUCUUUCAUUUCAAUAACGAUUUGUGAAAGAAAUAGCUUGUGUCAAACAAAUGGAACAAAAUAGCGGGAGAUAAUAAUUUUGUUUAAGUUUUCUAAAUUACUUAAAGUUUCACAACAGUAACUGCAGUGUUUUCGACAAAAAUACUGUAAUUCUAUAGCGUUUUAAAUUUAAAAACGUCCAUAUCAAUUGGAUAGCAUUUUUAAUACUUGUUUACAAGUUAAAUAAUAAAUGGCUCCACCACGAAGGAUUUCUAGAGAGCAGUUGGAAGUAAUGAUAGAUUUUCUUGAGCAAAAUAAAGGGAUGUGCAUGGGGGCUCCUUCAAACGGUACUAUGGCUUCCGCGGCCACCAGUGCCCACAACGCUGUGCGACAGACUUGGCACGAACUCGGCAAACUGCUCAAUGCGGUACCGGGAGGGGCUUUGAAAACUGCUGAUGGUUGGAAAAAGUACUGGUUUGAAUGGCGUCAUAAGAGUAGAAAAAAGGCAAAUGAUGCUAGAAGGUUUGAAGAAAAUCCUCAUGGUGGUCCAAGCAGGUUUGCUCCACUAAAUGACCUGGAAGUCAGAGUAUUAGCACUAAGCGGCAGCAAUUUAGUGAGAUCAAAGUCAAAACCUAUCAAAGAACUAGAAAACAUGUUGGCCGAUAAUUCUGACAGUGACCCCAUUGGGCAUCAUUCUCCAGAACAUAUAAAAGCUGAGCCACUGCCUAUACACAAAGUACACAAAAAAAGGAGUUCAACCAAAGGAUCUACAGCACCUGAUGAAGCCAGAUCUAGCACACCGCCUCCACAAUGGGCUUUAGAACUGGAAGAAAGAAGAAUUGCAGCCGAGGAGCGCAUGGCUGCAGCGUUAGAGUCCAUAGCAUCCAUCAUGAGGCUUCAAGAAGAGCGGAGAUCCAUGCUAGACGAGAGGCUAGCAGACACAUUAACAUCCGUUGCUGGAAACUUCCAAGAACUCAAUAGUGGAAUACAAGAAGCUGUGAUGCACCUGCAAAGGUUACAUCCGGUUCAGUCAAAUGGGCCUGAUAUCAAAGAUCAUGUUUUCAUUUAGCUACAGUGUUCACACUAGGAUGGCAGCAUUAUUAAUACAAUAAUAUUUAUCAUCUAGUCAAGAUCAAUUAAAAUUAAGUUGUUUUAAAGAACAAAUGGAACGAUAACCGAACCUCAAAAUUAAAUUUUUUGAAAAAACCCCUGACAUAGUGGACCGAUUUUCAUGAAACAUGGCUAAGAACACUCCUGACUAACUCAGCUUUCAAACAAAGAAAAAUCUAAAUCGGUUAAUCCGUUCAGAAGCUACGAUGCCACAGACAGACAAAUAGACAGACAGAUCAAACUGAUAACACCCCAUCGUUGGGGGUUAAAAUGUAGAGCGCAUACCAUAGAAAUUUAUAAGGCAUGGCUGUAAUGAUGUUGUUGCUGUAUUAAAAAAAAAGUGAAGGCUGGCGCCUUCAAUGUUACACUGUGAACUAUAUAAAAUCAAUGUACUUAAAAGUUAAAUUAGAUUGAAAUGGAUUGUAAUUUUAUUUAAGAUGAGACAACAAUAAUAUAAAACUUUAAUAAUAAUUUAAUUGUAAAAGGAUAUCAUAAUUGAUUUAAAGACUGGUUGACCCUAGUUUAUUAUGUUAUUAUCUGCAUAAUAAAUCAAUUAUUUAAAAAAAA